AUGCUUGCUAGGGUUCGUUUGGCGAGACUGUUACGUCUCCCAAAACCGCUCCAUCAGGUAAACGUGGUGAGACUAUACUCUGACAAAUACAAAUCCAUUGAUGAGUUCAACAAGCAGAAGAAGGAGUUCAAGUUCGGAUACGGGGUCGAUGAGAUGACCGAAUCAGGAGAGCUCGAAAGGAAAGAAAGACUUGAUGAUGCUGCCGAUGGGUUUGCCGAAUUUGACAUAAGUAAACAUCCCCGUUUGCAGGGCCUCAAGCAUAAUCUGCCUGAGUGGAAAGAGCAAAUGUUCAUCAUACAGCAGGAAAUGCAGAAAGACCAAGAGAAGGCCAGAAGAUCAUGGGAGAGAAGAGAAAGGUUCAAAGCGCUUGGAGCUGGUGUGUUUGCUUUAGUGUCUAUUGUGGGAGUUUAUUCGGUGGUGAUGAACUAUAAGUAUUUGAAAGGAUGGGCUCUGAAUAAGUUGAACUUUGACAUAGACGACUCCAAAGUGAGAGAUAUGAAGGAUCCAAAGGGAAACAAGAAGAAGACAAAGAACUUGGUUGAUCGUUUGAAUGAGGAGUUGAAGCUUGUUCCUGGCUUUGUCAAGAAUCUUGUGGACUCUACUACCACACCUGGUCUCUAUGUAUUUGGGGGGUUCAUGAAGAACAAACUUCCCGCUCGAUUGAGCUUCUUUGAUGGCAUGUACCUUCAAGAUGUGCUGGUUCAAAAAGACUAUUUGGUGGCCAUUGAUGACCUGGGAAGAGUGUAUCACCACAGCCCCAAAUUCAAAGAGCCAGUUUUGGUGAAAAUGCCUCUGAAGGUUAUGCGGGUAAUUUACUCCGAGGACAGUUUUUACUACUUAUCCAAUAAUCAGAAAGAUAUCUACUGUGGACCUAAACUCAAGGAGUUGCCUAAGAAGGUGCGAGGCUGGUUAGGCUCGACCUCCUAUGCUUACCCCGCUGAAAAAUUGAAUGUCAGUGUGUUUAAGAAGGGAGAGAAAAUCAAGGAAGUGGCAGCCGGUCUCAGUCACUUGCUUAUUCUCAGCAAUCAAGGCAGGCUUUUUGGUGUUAUUGCUGCCAAAGGCGCUGAGAACAAAGGGCAAUAUGGCUCUCCUAAGUUCUCUCCAUUCUUAAAGUCGCCAGGGAUUGUUCCCAAUGAAGUUUAUGAGCUCACGAACUUAAACAACGAAAUAGUCACGACAAAAGAAGGUAAAUACGUUCGCCCAAGAACUUUCUCAUCAAUAGCCACUGGAGAGAAUUUCAAUAUUGCUAGUGAAUCGAACGGAAACAUCUGGACCUGGGGUGCGAACGAGUUUGGCCAAUGUGGCAAAGAUUUGACAUCAGCUGAUGAUAUUCAGCCAGUUCCCAAAGUUGCAUUUACCUUAGCUGACUUGGAGAGGGUCCUGAAAUACAGCUUGCCCAAAAAUGGCGCUGGCUUCAAAUUCAACGUCAAAGAUGUAUUUGCUUCUGGCGAGACGUCAUUCAUUCAAAUGCAGAGCUCGAAUGAAGAAGAUCCGCUGAAAGAUCAGGAGCUUUUGCUCAGUUUCGGAGCCGGUCUCAAGGGCCAACUAGGUCUUUCUCAGUAUUUGCAUGUCGCUUCUGUUCCUGCCGUACUCAAAUCGCUUGUGGGCCUCACUGAAUUCGACGAGAAGGCAAAGGAGGUCAGGAAUAUUGGAAUCAAGAAUGUGGUAACUGGGAAAGACCACAUUUUUGUGGUUUUGGAUAACUCGGGUCCCAAUAAAGAUGUUCUUGUCUUUGGUGAUAAUACCAGUGGCCAAUUUGGUAACGGGAAGACAUUCAAGAGCUCAAAGCCGGUUGCAUUACCUAAACUCAUCGAACCAAGCGAUUUUGAGGCCGGUGAGACUGAACUGAAGAAGAGGUUGGCGAAAAAGAUCAACAACCUCACCACUAACCGUCUCCAGCUCAUGGACGGAGUGCAAAUUGGCAAAAAGUCUGUAGAACAGGUGAUUGCGGGAGGAAGCGAUGGGUCUGUUCUAUUUUACCGUGUUAAGUAA